AUGAAAGAAAUUGUAUUAUUUCUAACACCCGACCAAGUGCAGAUUCUACAAGCAGCUGGCGCUGUCGUGCAACCAUUUCCAGAAUACGAAUCUGAGUUUGCUGAACUACAAGAACGUUUUCGACAAAGUAUUGAAUAUGAAAACCAAAUGCCUCAUCAGGUUUGGAUGAAUUCGAGCGAUGACAUUAAACAGAACCCAGAUAUAUUAGAAGAUUAUUACAAGCUUUUAAACAUUCAAGAAAUCAAUGAUGAUUUGGCUCAUCGAGCUAUGCUUACCACAACUACAGAAACUACUUCGGAAAUGCCAACAACUACAACACCAAAGUAUAAGUAUACUAAAGCAAGACAGCAAUAUAAAGACAAAGAAUAUUCAACUCCAUAUACCCCUAAAAAGACAAAUAGACCAAAAUCUAAUAACCAAAAUAACGCAGAGCAGUAUGUUCGGUUUCUGCCAAAUUAUGAAAGUGAGAAUCUUCAAAUGGUACCUUUUCAAGCUUUACCACUUCCUGGAUAUCAGUUUGGGAUUCUAGCUGAAACUAACAUGCAAACAACUGACACGGCUCUCUCAACCGCUAAUACGGUUGCAAGUACUCAGUUACAAAUAAACCCUGAGAUAAAUGAUCCCGCUGAAAUAGUAAAUAGAGGAGUUAAUACUGAAACUCAGAUUAAAACCUAUCUACCAGAAACUGGACACAAUACACCGAUUGCAAAUCCUGGAGCAAAUGUUGAACAACAGCAAAUUUUAUAUUCGCCAGGACAUACAAGUCAAGCUAAUAAUUAUAGUAGGCAAAACCUUUAUAGGCCAGUGAAAAUUCACAUCAAACUAGAAAAGCAAACCACAAGCCCUCCACAAACGUAUGUGGACAUUACUCCUAAGCCUACACCUAUGCCUCAAUCAUAUUUAGAAUCUCAAUAUGCAAUUGAGUUCAAGGAAAGUCUUAGUUCUAUUGAAGGCCUGCCACCGCCGCCGGAGGUACAACAGGAGAAACCGAAAACUCCCACCAAACCGCUGCCGACUGCCCAAACUCUAGUCGCUCACCAGGAUAAACUAGCAGUGCUCUUAGCACCACUUUAUCAACACCAGUCUAUAACCGAAACAAUAAAUCACCAGAAGCAAGAACUAUUGAAUGGUGAGUUUAGAAUUCGAAGCAAAUUGCAAGAAAUGAGAGAUUCUCAAAAUUACGACCAUAAAGCUUAUACUGUAGCAGUGGAUAAUUUGAACAGAAACUUGGGACAGCAGAAUGUUUUAGCAAAGCUUGAAGCUUCUAGGGUUUCUAAUUCAGGAAAUACGGGACGACAGCCUUUGGAAUUGGUAAGGAGUACGGAGUUUCCGAUGGUAGUACGUAUCCCUAAGCCUCAAGAAGUUAAAAUACCUGCUCCAUAUCCAGUGCCACUGGAAUUCAUGAAACCGUUCAUUAAAGUUCCGAAACCUGUGGACAACAAAAGUGGACCUUCUUAUCAAGGGGGUAAGAACCACUAUGUUAAAUUGGAUAGACCGCAUACAACUUACAAAGUAGUUCCUAGAACCGAGAAGUAUCUGAUUCCCACCAGGAUUCCUGUUAAUGGACAGGAGCCUGUCUCUUACGUCAUUCGACACAUUUGGGAACAUUAG